GCACAUGCAUCCUUAGUCAUCCAUUAGUAACACUCUACCUCUAAACUCAAUUCGCUCCAAUCUCGAACGCCGCCUCCCAAUCAAUACUCCUACACUACAGCUCCCACUGAUCAGCUACAGACCCAGUAGAUCAUAAACAGACAACAGCACAUAAGAAGACAACAAUGGCGCUCAACUACGACAAAAUCGUGCUCUUUGGCGACUCAAUCACGCAGUACGCCUACAACGUCAACGUUUCUCCGUUCUGUCUCGGACCUGCGCUCCAGGAUGUCUAUACACGCAAAUUUGACGUCAUUCAGCGCGGAUAUGGAGGAUACACCUCUGCCCACGCAAAGCUGAUGAUUGACAAGAUCAUCGCUCAUGAGAAUACUCCCACCUCCAAGGUCAAGCUUAUGACCGUCUUCUUCGGCACCAACGACUCCACCGGCCCCUCCAGCACGAUCCAGCACGUCCCGCUCGAGACCUACGUCGCCAACAUGCGCUACAUCGCCGAAAAAUGCAAAGCCGCAGACAUCAAAGUCGUCUUCAUCGGCGCCGGCCCGUUCAACGCGCACCAGUGGUGGCCCACGCGGCCUGGCAACCCGCAUAACCGCACGACGAUCCAGGCGCGCGAGUACUGCGACGCUCUUGUUGCGCUCGGGAAGGAGAUUGGGGUGCCGACCGUGCCGAUGUGGGAUCUUCUCAUGGAGGCCGUUGGGUGGAAGGAAGGUGAUCCGCUGUACGGACUCGAGGAGCUCAGCGCGGAGAAUCCCCUGACUGAGUACUUUGUCGACGGUCUGCACUACAACGCGAAAUCCUACAAGAUCGAGUACGACGGCGUGAUGAACGCCAUCAAGCAGGCAUAUCCAGAGCUUUUGCCAGAGAACGUGCCCUUGCGACUGCCAGAGUGGGCGUCUCUUACCUCGCCUGAUGUUCUCGAGAAGGCAUUGCAGUAAAUAACCUGCAGUUCAAGCGUAGAUUAUAUAGAGAAUAAACACACACACAG